GUAGACUCGCUCUGUCGCCUCUCUCUCUCUCUCUCUCUCUCUCGUUCGCUCGGUCGCCUUCUGUCUGUUUGGCGAAGAUGGCAGAUGAGGAGACGGCGAUGGAAGUCCCGUGGGAGUGGAUACGGGUGAACGGGGCGGUGGCUGAGGCGAGCCUGGCAGCGGACGGGACGCUGCGGUGGGGAUCCAGGGGAGGCGAAAGGUGCCUGAGCUUGGAGUCGGAAGUGCUAGGGCUGGAGACCAUUGGCCUCCGGAUUACGAUCAAGGCUUUCCUGGAGGUAUCUGAGCACGGCUUCUGCGGCUUAGAGCGGUCCUCCGUGAAGAGGAGGAGGGUGAGGAGGGAUUACACGUUGGAGAUGCCGAACGAAGCUGCGGCGCGGCGGUGGAGCGCCAAAUUGAGGGAUUACAUGGACUCCCUUGGCCGGCCGAAGAAUUUGUUUAUCAUUGUAAACCCAUUUUCUGGAAAGAAAUGUGCAAGAACGGUUUUCAAAAAAGAGAUCAAGCCACUUCUUGCAGCUGCUGACAUCGAUUGUACCAUAAUUGAAACUAAGCAUCGGAAUCAUGCUCAAGAAAUCACAAAAUCGUUGGAUCUUCUAAAAUAUGAUGGUAUUGUGUGUGUCAGCGGUGAUGGUGUUCUUGUGGAGGUAGUUAAUGGUUUGCUGAAUAGAGAAGACUGGGCUACCGCAAUUAAGGUACCUCUUGGGGUAAUUCCAGCAGGUACAGGAAAUGGCAUGGUGAAAUCACUUUUGGAUCCGGCUGGCGAUUUGUGCUCUAUUCCAAAUGCUACAUUUGCAGUUAUAAGAGGUCACAAGCACUCUCUGGAUGUUGCUAUUGUCUUACAAGGAGAGAAAAAGUUUUUCAGUGUCUUGUUGCUUAUCUGGGGCUUGGUAGCUGAUGUUGAUAUCGAAUCUGAGAAGUAUAGGUGGAUGGGAAGUCCUCGCUUUGAUAUAUAUGCUCUUCUCCGCAUAAUGAAAUUGCGAAAAUACCACGGGCAUGUCCACUUUGUUCCAGCACCUGGUUAUGAAGCAUAUGGUGAACCAAUAAAGCAAGUUGAAAACUUCAAGGGUCACAUUCUACCAUCUAAACAAGACCAAGGAAGUGCCACUACGGUCAAGUCAUGUGGAUACCAGGGACCAGAGAUUUCCUUGGAGGGAUUGGAAUGGAGGUCCAUUGUUGGUCCUUUUGUUUCACUUUGGGUCAACAAUGUGCCCUUUUCGGCAGAAAAUUAUAUCCCAGCACCUAAAGCCAAGUUUUCAGAUGGCUGCUUGGAUGUAAUCAUAGUCAGGAAUUGUCCAAGAUCAGCCCUUCUAGGAAUGAUGUUGAAAAUGAGUGAUGGAAGCUACGUGAAAUCAUCUUAUGUGAUGUAUUUGAAGGUCAAGGCAUUCCGAUUAGAGCCCGGUAAGCGUGUUGGGCAUCCCACCAAAGGUGGCAUCAUCGACUCAGAUGGUGAGGUUAUAGCUAGGGGAGAUGAAUCUGCUGUAAACAGUGAACAUAAGUAUUUGAUGGAUUAUGGUCCUCCCAUUCAGAUGAUAGUGGACCAAGGUUUAGCUACCAUAUUCUCUCCCAUGCCCUAAACCUAGAAGGUGGAAGAAUAUCCAAAUAGCUGAUGCCAAAUAAAUGGGACAUUAUAUAUAUAUUUUUUUCAUAUCUCAAUUUUUUUUUUCUCGAAGGGAAAAAGAGUGGGGUUGGAAUGAGAAAAGAUUAUAUUGCUUUAUUAUCAAACACUGCAUUAUAGCUUGCAUGCAUGAACAUCAAAUGAGAGAAGGUCCAAUACAGCUUUUCCAUUUUUGUGCA